AGGCUGCAGCACGUCCCGCCACCCUUGUGAGGAUAAGCGGAUUAGAAAAUGAAUGGAUGGACGGUUGGAUGGAUGGGCCACGCAUUGACAAUGGUCGACAUUUUUGUUUACCCGGUGCCACAACACGAGAGAACAAAAGAAGGGGCAAGCAUUCUACAGGCUACAAUAAGAACCAAUCAAGCAGUGACGGUGUUCGGGCGGAUGGCUCUUCCGGCCCGCGGGUCGCUCUCCAGCGCCGGAGUUGCCUUGAGUGAGCGCCCCGUGCCACCCGUUCAACAGCGAAGCCGAGACGCCCCACAUUGGCAUCCCCUCCGCCCCUCCACGCGGCGAUGGAGCUUGGGUGCCCCUCAAGUCAGGUGCAACGGUUAUUGAUGUGUUAUCAGUCACUGAAGUCCAUAAAGAUUAGGGAACAUCAUGUCUGUGGUUUGAGUUGUUAGUAUUAUUGCUGCUAGGUGAUGCCACGUUUCUUUCACAGUAGUUUCAAAAAUAUUUUGCUGUCUUUACUCACAUCCACAGUGUGGUGUGUUCACAUGGCGUUUGCAUCCCAGAGACCAUAUGACCUCCUGUAUGCAGUGACAGUGUCUUAUUCUUGAUAACCUUUGGCUAACUAUCUACUUUCUAUGCCCUACUCACUUAAUUAUUAACUUGUGGGCUGCUGUUAGUAGGACCUUGGCCACAAAAAUGUUUUUCCAAUUCGAAGAAAGGCGCAAGACGGCAGCCAUCAUCAUGGAAGAUGAGACGCAAAAGCUCAGCCUCAAGCGUGAAGUGGGCCUGAUGGGAGCUGUGUCCCUCAUUGGCGGGACAAUGAUUGGCUCAGGGAUCUUCAUGUCACCACAGACUGUGCUCGCCACCAUCGGCAGCCCCGGAGCCAGUCUGGUGGUGUGGGCAAGCUGCGGUCUACUGGUCAUACUUGCUUCUUUUUGCUAUGCUGAAAUGGGAACCGUCAUCCGGGAAUCAGGCGGAGAGUACAUCUACAUCCUCAGGACGUCAGGCCCAGUCGUCGCCUUUAUGUUAAUCUUCAGCUCGGUGUUAUUUGCGAGACCCGCCGGUGUGGUUGGCAUCUCACUUAGUUUCGCUCAGUACGUUGUGGCGCCCUUCUAUUCGGAAUGUGCCCCUCCAGUUUUGCUCGUCAAGUGUGUGGCCGCAGCUGCGAUUAUUAUUUUAGCGACAGUCAAUUGUCUUAACGUUCGCUUCUCAAUGUCAGUGCAGGUAUUUUUUAUGGUGGUCAAGGUCCUGUCGCUGGCAGUUAUCAUCGUGGGAGGUGUUGUGAUGCUCAUCAGAGGACAUACUGAAAACUUUCAAGACUCCUUUGAAAACUCAAAUAUCGGCAUCAGUCCAAUUGGAAUUGCUUUCUACCAGGGCUUGUGGUCAUAUGACGGUUGGAAUAAUCUCAACUAUGUGACAGAGGAAUUAAAACGUCCAGAGGUGAAUCUUCCGAGAGCAGUGAUCAUUGCCAUCUCGCUGGUGACUGGCUUGUAUCUACUGGUGAAUGUCAGCUACCUGACAGUACUGACACCGAAAGAACUCAUAUCAUCCAAUGCAGUGGCCGUCACGUGGGGGAACAAAGUGUUUGGAUCCUGGGGGUGGAUCAUGUCAUUAGCUGCAGCUUUGUCGGCUUUUGGGUCACUAAACGGGACAUUCUUCAGCGGUGGUCGCGUGUGUUUUGUUGCUGCACGUGAAGGACACAUGCCGGAUAUUCUGUCCAUGGCUCACGUGCACAGACUGACUCCAUCUCCAGCACUCAUUUUCACCACUGUUGUCUCCUUGCUGGUGCUCAUCCCCGGAGACUUUCAGAGUAUUGUCAAUUUCUUCAGUUUCACUGCCUGGUUUUUCUAUGCCAUCACAUUGGCUGGCCUCAUCUACCUCAAGAUUAAAAAGCCAGAGCUCCCAAGGCCAUACAAGGUUCCCAUCAUACUGCCCAUACUGGUUCUCAUCGCAGCAGUAUUUCUCGUGCUGGCCCCCAUCAUUGACGAUCCUCAGAUCGAAUACCUCUAUGUGACUUUAUUUAUCUUCAGUGGGGUCCUCAUCUACAUCCCUUUCAUUCAUUACAAGCUCUGCCCAAGCCUGUUAACCAAGUUGACCAUAUUCCUACAGCUGUUUUUACAGGUCGCCCCAGCAGAGAAAAACCUGUGAUGCGGGCCGAAAGACUGUUUGGUUUUGCUCAUAUGUGAAGGUGAUAACAUUACCUGAUUUUGUCCCAUUGUUUUCUUUGAUUUUACACCAAAAAAAAGAUCUGAUUCGGCUGAGAAAUAGAGAAGAUGGCUGAAUAUUUUGAUUCAUGAAUAGCAUUUAUUUUGACUUACAAUUUUUUUGAACAGAAUCACUUUUUGGAUUUAGGGUUACGUAACUGUGGUUUUGUUAAAAUAAAGUCAUGAGUUUUGUGGUUCAGUUCUUGAAAUUC